GACGUCAAUGCGUAUGCAGGCCACAAGCUAGAUGAGUUGUACGCCAACAAAAUGUUGGAGUUUCGAUCAUCUUUCUACGCACUGGAGACGGCACCGUCUCGUGGCAUUGACUAGCGCAUGCCGCAACCUCCGUUGGGUGGUCAGCAUCUGGGAGGCGGUGGGCGAGGUGAUGGAGGAGACGGCGCAGGACCCGGUGGAGGAGGUGACGGAGGAGAUGGCUCAAGAUCUGGUGGUGACGAAGCAAAGGGGAAGGGGUCAGGUGAAACGUCAUCGGAACCAAAGGGCUCCAGCGGAAAGGGGUCCAGCGGAAAGGGGUCGAGCGGAAAGGGGUUGGGCGGAAAGGGGUCGGGCGGAAAGGGGCCGGGCGGAAAUGGGUCGGGAGGAAAGCGUAGAGCGUUCUGGAGUCAUGAGUCUAGCAGAACUGAAAGUUACAGCGAAGGGAUUCGAGACUCGGGCAUGCGAGACAAGGCGGCCCUAAGGUCUUAUCAAGUGCGAGUACAUUCACACUCGUCUGCGAGGACUUUGUUUCACGACGCCGGCGAGCGCAAAGUGUUGGAAGGGCCCGCUACAGGAUUGUUGGAGACCAGGCCUAGCGAGUAUGAUCAUUACGCUUCGAGGGGUGCUUCGAUUGAUUUCCAGAGCAAGAGUGCAUCGGAUCCCGGGGAAGAGGAGCUGUCACAGGACGCACAUGCUGUGCAUCGGGAAGAGGAGACUCAACAUUGGCCGCCUAGCAGAGUGUCGGAUGAUCUCAACGCAGGAGUGUUGGAGACCGGGGCUAGCGUGCAUCUACAUCAUCCUUCGGAGGGUGUGUCCGUCAACUUGGAGAGCAAGGGUGCACCACCUUGGGGAAAAGGGGAGCUCUCACAGGAAGCGCAUGCUGCGCAGCGGGAAGAGGAAACUCAACAUUGGCCACCUCACGAAGUGCAGGAGGGGCUCGAUGCAGGAGUGUUUGAGACCGAUGCUAGCGAGCAUUAGUGUCAUGCUUCGGAGGGCGCGUCCGUCGAUAUUGAGAGCAAUAGUGCAGCAGCU